AUGCGGUUGAUUCGCUUUCUUGAAUGCAGAUUUUGGAAUCCUUGGAGGAGAAAACUGGACCUUGAUCUAGAGGAAUUCAAUUACAAGGUUCUUGGUGAGAUUGGAGACGGUGCAUUCAACAAGGUUUACCGUUGCGUGAAUCGUGAAAAUGAACGUAUCGUGGCCAUCAAGGAGAUUGUAGUUACUGUGGAAAAUGCUCGGGCCUUGUUAGAUAGAAAAAUCUCUUCCCUUCAACAACUGCAACAUGUAAACGUUGUCAGGUUGCUGGAUACGUUCAGGAGGGGGCAACGCGUUUAUAUUGUUUAUGAGUAUUUUCUGUUUGAUCUGCUUUCUUUCAUUACUCUACCAAAUCAUCUGAAGAAUCCACUGCUGAGAAUCAACUUUUUGUAUCAGAUAAUCACUGUUGUAGCAUAUUACCAUGCUCAAGGGAUUCUUCACAGAGAUUUGAAACCGCAGAAUAUACUCGUUGAUUACUCUUACCAUUUAAUCAAGCUAGCUGAUUUCAACUUGGCCAGUGCAUUUGAAGCUCCUGAACAAUAUUAUGCUCUAACAGCUGUGGAGUACCGCGCGCCUGAACUCUUACUUGGACAUAAUGACUAUUCAAAGGAGGCUGAUAUGUGGUCUGUGGGCUGUAUAUUUGGAGAGUUGCUAAUCGGGCAAACUUUAUUUCCCGGUAAAAGCGAAGAAGAUCAAUUGAGAAGAAUUUUUUGCUUGUUAGGUACUCCAACUGAAGAUUCCUGGCCCGGAGUGACUGCACUAUUUAGUUCAAUUUCUUCCUUUCCCAUAUAUGAACCAAGGGGCUUGGCAGUAAAGUUCCCUGAUUUGGACGACCCAGCAGGCCUUGAUCUUCUUUCCAAAAUGCUUUGCUUGAACCCAGACCAAAGGAUUUCAGCUGAAGAUGCUCUUAAUCAUCCAUAUAUGAUCAAUGUACCGAGAUUAGUCAACGAAGCGAACCAAAGAGAUUUCCAGGCGCAAAGAAGGAAUACUUGAGGUUAUUUGAGGCUUGCUAAAAGUCGGCGAAUUCAAACCUUCCCUAGAUAAAUCAAUUCGCUGUUCAAUUUGUGGUAGGCAUGAAAGUAUAAUACUCUCUUCAUACUUG